GACUCGCCUGCUCUCCACAUGUGUAAGAUAACUGCUCUGAAACAGCUACAGAUGUCUACGCAUCCUUAUGUGAAGCUACCCAGACAACCAGCUUGAAAACACUGUAUAUACUCACAAAACUUAUUCUUUCCCCAGUCUUUUCCCCAAACCUCUUUUUCACUGGCAUUUGUUAUACCUACCACCCACUUCCAGACUAUUUGUUUCUCAUAAGAGAUGGAUAUUGGAUGCUUUUAUAGUGUCAAUAGCUUUCCUUCCCUGCAUAGUGAACCAUUUUCCUUGUAUAUAUGUAAAGCUUGUUAACCUCAUCUCACGUCUCUUGCUGGUUGGCUGUGUUCAGAUCAGCUGAGCUUGAUGAAUUUUAUCCUAGGAUACGUGAAGAACCAGCUGGAGCAAUCUCUGGAAUGUUAUUUUGGGCAAGCAGUCCAAAGAUAACGACUAUUGCAGAAGAGAAGUGGGGCCCUAGCGAAAGAGCUUGACAACCACUGGUCUGUACAGUACACUGCCAUUUUUUAGUGCAUAAAGCUGCUGCAGCCCCAUCAGUAUGCACAAAUUAACGCUCUGAUCAGCAUUACCCUCAACUUUUGGAGAAGCAGCAUUCACUUUUAAUCCUGCCAGAGAUGGAGGGGAUUGGUGUAAAGACAAGAAGGGCAGGUUUCGCCUUUGGGAACAGACAACUGUUGUCAGUAAACCAAGUCUCGUCUUAGAAGGCCCGUGAAUAACUUGCAAUCCAAUUUUUAAGCUGGCUGUGUAUUAUAGCUUUUGCAGCUAACAAGACAUCAGAGGAUCCACCAUCUCACACAUCUAUGGCAUUUGCACCUCCUAGAAACAUGGAUGGCCCAAAGCUACAAACCAAGAUGAGCACGUGGACCCCUCUGAACCAUCAACUCAUGAAUGACAAGGUGUUUGAAGAAAGAAGAGCCCUGCUUGGAAAAUGGUUUGACAAGUGGACAGAUGCUCAGAGGCGGAGGAUUCUGGGGGACUUGUUGGAGCGCUGCUCCCUGUCGCAGCAGAAGUUCUGCGCCAAGCACCUACAGGACCGAGUUCCCACCGAAGCGCUAGAUUUUACCACGCAGCUCCCUCGAGUGCUCUCUUUAUACAUCUUUUCCUUCCUGGAUCCACGGAGCCUCUGUCGAUGUGCGCAGGUAAGCUGGCACUGGAAGUACCUGUCUGAACUGGAUCAGCUCUGGAUGCUGAAGUGCCUGCGUUUUGGCUGGUACAUCAACUUCUCUCCAACCCCUUUUGAGCAAGGAAUCUGGAAGAAACAUUACAUUGAGAUGGUGAAAGAGCUGCGUGUUACAAGACCAAAGACCCCUCUAAAGGAUGAGUUUGUAGUUAUUGAUGUGCAACCAGUAAGGAGCAAUGUCCCAGAGGCAAAACUUUCUCUUUCGUCAACUUUACGAUCAGCUUCUGCACUAGGAAAGAGGAGAGACAAGGAGAAAAGAGAGUUCCCCCCAUGGCGUUCAUCAGACAGACAUCCUACGGACACCAUCCGAUUCAACUACCUCGACAACUAUGAUCCCAUUGAACAGGCUAGGCAGGCGAGAAAGAAAGGAGGAGCGGAGACCCCAGACCUUAGCCGGCAGGCAGCCGAGAAAAAAAAGAAACCAGCCUGUGGACAUUAUAAGCUCCGGAAGGCAAAAUCACUACAUCUCCACUGUUUGAGGCUCAGCCAUGGCACAUUCCUCCAUCAAACCAAGGAUCUGAUACAGAGUAAGGAAAAGGAGGAUCCAGAGUAUCUUUCUUCUCAGAAGAACAAGGGCUUAUCUGCCUGGCAAGUGGGAAACAGCAGCAAUGUUACCUGAAUCACAGGCUGUGCUCAGUGAAGAACAGCUGCUUUUGAAUCCUUCAUAAGGACCUGGCUUUAGUUUUUAUCAGGUGUCGCUAGAAAAGAUGUCCUCAUUGACCUCACUAUUCAGUGUAAAAAAAUGGGCAAGGAGAUCCUACGUCCAUUCUCACUUAGGCUGUACAAAAGAAAGCUCACUGCCUUGCAGCCAGUUUCGAUAGAGAGGUGUUAGAGCGAUGACUUUGUACUUUUUUUGUGAGUACAGCACUUGGCACAAUGACUCCUGCCUGCCUUUGGGAUCUCCAGGUGGGAUCUCUAGUUUCCAAAGUGGAGUAGAGUCAAGUCUGCUUUCCUGAGGGCUUUUCAGCAUGGUUUCCUGUCAUUGGUGCUCUCAAGCUGGUGCUACAUUCUCCUUUUCCCUGAGUACCUCGUCACUGCAGAGUUCACUUAGAUUACUGACCAUGUCUAAACUAUGGGUUGGCCUUGCUGGGCCUAAAGACCCCUGUGCAGAAUUCUGCUGGAGAUGCUUGUCCUCAUUUGUACUGAGCUUGCAUGUGUCACUUGGGCGUCUCAGGGCGUAUCGCACGGCCUGAGCUCCUCUGUAAUGUUUUCCCAGUGAAUUGUGGGAGAAUUUGUCUCUGUGGGCACAGAGGGAUUGUGGAAGGCUCUCACCAGCCUCCGGAGUGAUGUAAGCUGUGUCCUCACUAGAAAGUGAGUGGUUUACCACUUACCACCAGUGUUCAUGUGGUCUCCCCAAUCUGUAACAGCCCCAGCCAAGUCAUCUAAACUGUGAAGAAAACACCACGUCGUUCAAGGGAGAAGCCUUUAAUAUGUGGGUGAAAGGAGGCUCAGGGAAAACGCUUCCUGCUAAACACAGCAACUCCGUUAUUUCAAUCAUGUACCCAGAGUCUGAGUGACUGAAAUCAGAUCCCAGACUCUGGGUUACAGCAUUGCCCAGGGCUCUGUGUGGGGAGCUGAUACCAGUCUAAUUAUUUAAGUCAAUGGAAGUCAGAUAUUCUUAUUUGUCUUUUUCACAAUUAAGGAAAUAUCCAGUAAACUUAACAAAUGGGAAUUUUUAAGGAUAAGGGCACAAAAUCCACAGCAACUGGAACUCACUCCCAGGAAAAAAAUGGGCCUUUCCAUACGGUAAGAAGAGCCACUGUACACCCAUGGAUUCUCAGCAUUUAUAGACUAGAAAUCAUGUUUCAGAGAAAAUACUAGGUACUAACUGACAAGGAUUUGGAGAAGACUUCCCCUUUGUGAAGAGAUUAUUCUGUAUUUCAUUUGAGGGUUUCAAGUGUUUAGGUGCAAGUGGCACUGACCGUUGUCGAGACGAGGCACUGGGCACAAUGCACCGUGGGUCAUACCUGAAGAGUCUUUGCCCGUAGGGUGCUUGGUGGCGUGCCAUGUGCACUUCCAGCUCCAAAUCAAUGAUUAGAUGAUUCAGUGCAUCUCCCUUUCCCAGGCCGUCUUUCUUUUUUUCUGGUUGCUCUGUGUGCUUGAAAAAGGGAGUUUGUCUCACCCAGCAUAAUGGUCUAAGAGCUAGUUGUUUAAGCUGACUCUCUCAGUGGAGUAGCUGAAAUAGGAACUUCCAGAUGGCAAUUAUCUUGCAUAUUUUAGCAUCCAUAGAUUACGUAGGAGCCUAGCUUGACUAAUUCAGAUUGAGAAAGCUAAGUUUGGGGCAUCUGAAGUUAGGUGAGGUAAAUCCCACCCAAAACAUUCAUCAGCAUCCAUUCCCUGGUAUUGCAGAUCUCUCCUCACAAGCCUUUUCCUCCAGAAAAUCAAGUUAAGUGGAUAGCUUCAUGGAUGUUUUUGUGGCUUCUUAAGUCCAGCUUUCUUUUUGCCUCAGAUAGGCUCGGCUUAGCUUUUUGUGGUAGCAGUUCAGCGGUAGGUCCAUGCUACUAACAGGGAACAGCUAUGCGAAGACAUGAUGUAACCCUGCGUUAAUGUUUUUUUCUCACCAGCGAGCAUACUGAGUGGUAAUGUGACAUUCUCAAAGUCUGACCAGUCUUGGAGCUGAGUGCUCAAGCAUUGUUGCAAAUACUGUGCCUUUGCUGCAGUACACCGUGCAUUUGGAGUGCUCACUACACGUUUUAAGACUCAGGCCUUCUCCUCUGGCUUGUACAGCUUUUGCAUUUAUGAUUCUGUAAAAUUAUUAAUGGUGAUGUUGUCCAGGAACCUGCAAAGCCAAAUAGUCUAUCCUUGAAAUAACAGCAGGCCUAUAUAGCGCCUUAAUGUAACUCCUACCAAUUAUGUUAUUAGAAUAAAAUAUAAGU